GCAUUUUAGCAAAUAAAACAAAAGCUUUCAAGAAUCAUGAGUGCCUGUGCAGUAGCAUCUACUUUUGGAAAAACAAAGGAGACCGCCAGGAUAGUCAUUAUCGGAGCUGGCGGAUCAGGAAUCGCGGCUGCCACCAGACUCUUGGCACAGGGAUUCAAAAAUGUCCAGCUUUUCGAGGCGGAGGAUCGCAUUGGGGGUCGCAUCAACACGAUCCCAUUCGCCAAUAGCUUCAUCGAUCUGGGAGCUCAAUGGUGUCAUGGAGAAGAGGGCAAUGUGGUCUUCGAGAUGGUCAAGGACCUGGAUCUCCUCGAUAGGACCGGUGAUUUUGCUGUCUACUUUGUGCGCUCCAACAAGGAAAUCCUCUCUGACGAUCAGACCAAGGCUCUCAAGGAGUUCCAAAACGAAUUUGAGAUUAAACCCGAUUGUGAGGGAUCUGUUGGUGACGCCAUCACUGAAAGCUAUUGGAAGGAGGUGGGCCAGCAGGCUUUCCCCAACGAUAAGACCGUCGCUAAGGAGGCCCUGGACUGCAUAAAGAAGGUUAUUUGCUCUGAGGAUGCCUGCGAUUAUCUCUCCGAACUUUCGCCCCGAAACUAUCUGAAUUUCGAAAUGUGCGGAGGAGAUCAGAAUCUCAGCUGGCGGCAAAAGGGCUACUGGAAGUUCUUGAGCAUCCUGCUAAAUUCUAGCGAGGAUCAGCCCGGUGACCAGGGAAUCCUUAAGGGACACGUGCAUCUCAACAAACGGAUUGCGGAGAUCAAUUGGUCGGGAGACGGUGAAUUGACCCUACGCUGCUGGAACGGUCAACUAGUCUCAGCGGAUCAUGUCAUUUGCACCGUCUCCCUGGGAGUUCUCAAGGAGAAGCACAAGAAGCUCUUUGUGCCGGCUCUUCCGGCUGCCAAGAUUAGGUCCAUCGAGGGUCUAAGACUGGGCACUGUGGACAAGUUCCUCCUGGAGUUCGAGGUGCAACCGUUACCGGAGAACAUGAGAGGCAUCGCCUUCCUUUGGCUGGAGGAAGAUCUGAAGGAGCUGCUAGGUGGCGAGUUCUUCUGGCUGGAGAGCGUCUGCAGCUUCCAUCGUGUGGAUCGCCAACCGCUUUUGCUAGAGGGUUGGAUCAUCGGGGCCCAUGCCCGGUAUAUGGAGACCCUCAGCGAGGAGAAGGUCCUCGAGGGUCUGCAGUGGCUCUUCAGGAAGUUCCUCAAGUUCAACGUGCCACAUCCCAAAAACUUCUUGCGCUCUCAGUGGCACUCCAAUCCGAACUUCCGGGGCAGCUACAGCUUCUACCCCACCUAUGCCGAUGAACUUCGCACGGGUCGCACCGAUUUGGGAUCCCCUUUGCUGAAUGUCUCGGGAAGGCCCAGGAUCCAAUUCGCCGGAGAGGCCUCCAGCCGUAAGCACUUCUCCACUGUCAAUGGAGCCACCGAGUCGGGAUGGCGCGAAGCAGAUCGUCUCAAUGAGUUCUACAAAGGUCGAGCAGAGAACUAAGGCAACCUCAAGUGGAGCUUAUCAAAAUGUCGCAAAAGCAAGCUCUUUCUCAAAAUCAAUUAAAACACUUUUAUUGUUAAUAUUUACUUGUACCCAAAUGGUCCAGUAACUGGCAUUCAUUUUGUACCACGAAGAUCUUUAAAUUUUUCAAAACACAAAAAUAUGUUACAUUUAUAUUUUCUUUGGCAAAUAAACUACUUGACCCAA